CCCCACGUGGUUACCAGGGGCAACCAUAGACCGCAAACUAACAGAGGCAGGAGUCUGAAGAAAAACUGAUCCACUGCUACCAGCCAUGGGGAUAGAUUACUAUGCUGUGCUCCAGGUCACUCGCAACUCAGAGGAUGCUCAGAUCAAGAAGGCGUACCGGAAACUUGCCCUGAAGAACCACCCAUUGAAGUCAAAUGAGCCAUCUGCACCAGAGACAUUCAGGCAAAUAGCAGAAGCCUAUGAUGUGCUGAGCGACCCUGUGAAGAGAGGCAUCUACGACAAGUUUGGCGAGGAAGGCCUGAAGGGUGGGAUUCCUCUGGAGUUUGGAUCCCAGACUCCAUGGACAACAGGCUACGUCUUCCAUGGCAACCCUGGAAAAGUGUUUCAUGAAUUUUUUGGGGGAGACAACCCCUUCAGUGAAUUUUUUGAUGCAGAAGGAAGUGAUAUAGAUUUGAAUUUUGGGGGGCUUCGGGGCCGAGGAGUCCAGAAACAAGACCCUCCAAUCGAACGAGACCUCUAUUUGUCCCUGGAGGACUUAUUCUUCGGCUGCACCAAGAAGAUUAAGAUCUCCCGAAGGGUGCUAAACGAAGACAAGUAUUCCUCUACCAUCAAGGACAAGAUCCUGACAAUCGAUGUGAGGCCUGGCUGGAGGCAGGGCACACGCAUCACCUUUGAGAAGGAAGGUGACCAGGGCCCCAACAUUAUCCCGGCUGAUAUUAUCUUCAUCGUAAAGGAAAAGUUACACCCUCGCUUCCGCAGGGAGCUUGACAACCUCUUCUUUGUGUACCCCAUUCCUUUGGGCAAGGCUCUUACCUGCUGCACCGUGGAGGUGAAGACCUUGGAUGACCGUCUGCUCAACAUCCCCAUCAAUGACAUCGUCCAGUCAUCUGAUGUCCUAAAUUCAGUGGUCUCACACCUAUACCACACAUCUGGCAAAUGAACUGUUUGUUAGCUGUUGGAAGACAUGCCUAGGGCAGUAAACUGUUCCAUGAAGGACUUAACACAAUGACCAGAACUCCAUUUGCUGUGUCCAGGCUGCACUGCUGGCCACCCUCAUUGUGGCUUGCUGCCUCAGGCUUGAGAUCCUGGCUGGAGUUAUUAGAAGCUGAGAACUGGGAGCACUCUUCGCUGGGAGCCAGCCUAACAGCCUGGCCUCUUGCCAAGCAUUGGGAAGGUCUAGCCCUCUAGCUCUGAUUCACGGACAGCUAAGGAGGAGCUCAGCAGCCACAGCAGCUUUAGGCUGGGAGGACAUCCUGUGGCCAAGCCCAGCUUCACAGCAGCUGGAAACAAUUCCCCAAGAACCCUUAGCACUGUAUGCCUUAUCUCGGCCCUUAAUGGAAACAGGAAUAAGAUGUCUGAAACCUGUA